AUGGUGUCCGGUCAAGAUGCUGCCAUCUCUGGCGACAAUGACGCGACCGGACUCACAAAUGGCACUUCAGAGGCAGGUCCGGAGCAAAGCUCGAAAUUGGUCAAGAAGCUCUACGCCAUUGCGAAUGAGCGUGGCGGCACCUCAUGGGUGGACGAAUGCCCGGACUUCCUCCAGAGCAAUAAAGAAUAUCAUGAAGAUGGCGAGGCUAUUGGCUACUGA